AUGCGUACAUGGAAUUUGCGAAAGACCCUUAAACAAGACAUAUCUUUUAAAAACUGUUUGAAGAUGUGCAAGAAGGAAGCAGGUGAUGCGGUGCCGAGGGAGUAUCCUGUUUGUCUAUACCAGUUCGAACACUUGCUAUCAAACACCAUGAACUGCACACACAACAUCGUCGGGACCGGGUGUACCAGCAACGAGAGUAAUGUGUUGACGCGCCGAAAUUUCACCUUGUUUGAGGAGAUUUUCCAGAAAGACUUCGAGGAGAUCACCAGCAAA